AUGUCAACCGCGUGUUUUUUUCCACCAGAAAUUCUUCAAAAUAUUUUUCAAAUCCUUAUUGAUUAUGCAAAUAAAACUAUUGAUAUUCGUAUCAGAAAAUUUACUAGUUUACAAAAAUGUCUCUUGGUCGAUCGUUAUUGGUUCUCUAAUUCCGUGAUUUUUUUAUGGAAAAAUCCUUUAAGACCAAAUCAUAAAAAAAAUUAUACAACUUCAAAAUUAUUAAUUUCAACUUAUAUUUCAUGUUUAUCAGAAUCUUCAAAAAAUUUUCUUUAUGAAAAUAAUAUCAUCAAUUUUAAUCAAAAAAUUUCAACCCCUUUUUGUAAUUAUAAUAAUUAUUUAAGGGAUUUGGAUUUUACUGAAUUAUUUUAUAAGGUUUCUUAUUUUUUAUUAAAUCCUGAUGAUGAAAAUCUUGAUAUUAUCACUUUAGAUAAAAGUGAUCCUAUCGAAAUUAUUAAAAGUUAUGAUGAUGAUAUCAUGAAUCAAAAAAGAAUUUUAUUAUUUGGUGAACUUGUUAAACUUUUUACUUCUCAAACUUUUUCAAAAUUGAAUUAUAAUUUAAAAUUAAUUAAUUGGAUAAAAAAUAAAAUAAGAAAAUUCCCUCAUUUACAAUAUUUAUCAAAUUUUAUUUCUCCUAAUUCUUCUUUAUUAAAUUUAAAUUAUGUUGAAUUUCAAUCUUGUAUUCCCCCUCAAAUUUUUAUUGAAUUAAGUAAUAUUAUUUCUACUAUUGAUGAAAUUUAUAUUAAAUUAGAUAUUGAUAAUGUUGCUUUAUUUAAUUUCCUUUAUAAUUUAAAAAAAAUUCACCUUUUAAAAAUUGAUUUUGAUCAUUUUAAAUUUAAAAUUAUUAAUAAUCUUAUUAAAUUCACUUCUUUUAUAACUGAUAAUUAUGAAUUAAUUAUUCCUUCUGAUGAAUUUAUCCCUUUGGAUUUAUCUUUAAAUUUUACUAAAAUUACUGGUUUGGAAAUUUCUGAUUCAGGAAUCGAUUCUAUUGAUAUAGUAAAAUCUUGGUCUAAUUUUCAAUUUUUACCUUUUCUUACUACUUUGAAAUUUUCUACUAGUACUUUAAUUAAACUUGAUUUAGAAUUAUAUUCUGAUAUAAUUAAAAAAACAAAUGGUAAUUUAAUAAAAUUAGGUAUUUCUUUAAAUGAUGGUUUAUUCUUUCAUAAUAUUCAUUUAUUUAAUACUAUUUCAACUUAUUGUCCAAAAUUAAGAGAUUUUGAUUUAAAAAUUAAAGGUAGAUUACUUUAUUAUAUACCUUUAAUAUUACAAAAUUGUAAAAAUUUGGAAAAAAUUAAUUUGGAAAUUAUGGAUGAUAAAAAUAUUACUUUAUUAAUGUAUAAGAUAGGUAAAGAAUUAUCAAAAAAUUUAAAAUCUUUUUAUAUUUAUCAAGAGGUGGUAAAAUGGGAUAUAAAAUUUUUUCAUAUUUUUUUAAAAUAUUGUAGAUUAAAUUCUUUAUAUAAUUUAAAAUUUAAAUUUAAAUAUUCUCAAUCAUUUGAAAAUAUGAAAAAUUAUUCAAAAAUUAUUAAAAAAUAUAUUAAUAAGGGUACAAUAAGUCGUUGGUCUCGUAUUAAGGAAAUAACUAAUAAUAAUAAUAAUAAUAAUAAUACUAAUUUAAUUUUAGUAUGA